AUGGGGUACUACUUGGCCGAUGGCAUAUACCCUAGGUGGCCUGUUUUUUUGAAGACGAUCAGCUGCCCAAUUGGUGAGAGGAGAGUCUUGUUUGCGGCAAAGCAGGAGUCCGCGCGGAAGGAUGUGGAGCGGGCUUUUGGGGUGCUCCAAUCGCGGUGGGCAAUCGUGAAAGGUCCGGCGCGUUUCUGGUAUAAGGAAGUCAUCGCCGACGUCAUGUAUGCGUGCAUCAUCAUGCAUAACAUGAUAGUCGAACAAGAACGUGGCCAUGUCACCAAUUGGGUGGAUGAUGAAGCCGGAUCUAGCUCCAGCACAGCGACCUCGCCGGCCACUCGAGGAUUACCGACUGGCUUCGGUGCGGUUCUAGAGCGACAGGCCUCAAUGCGCAACCAACAAGACCAUACUCAGCUCAUGACGACAUGA